CUAAAGGGCCUGAAGUUGAUUAAUUCCAUAAAAACAAUAUUCGAAUAUUGUUGUAGGUCGACUUAGAGUGUCUUGUUAUGAGAUUUUAAAGAUGCCCAUUUUAUACAGUGUUGUUUCAAGAGGAUCCAGCGUCCUAGCAAAACAUGCUUGCUGUGCCGGGAAUUUUCCAGAAGUUACAGAACAGAUAAUAUUGAGAAUACCUCAACAUGACAACAAACUCACUUAUUCCCAUGGAAAUUACUUAUUUCACUAUAUUUGUGAAAAUCAAGUAAUCUAUAUGUGCGUUACAGAUGAUGAAUUUGAAAGAUCUAGAGCGUUUCUUUUUCUUAAUGAAAUCAAGAGGAGGUUCACCUCUGCUUAUCUUGGAAAUAUCGAGAAUGCAUUACCCUAUGCAAUGAAUACAGAAUUUUCUCGAGUUUUGGCCAAUGAAAUGAAACAUUAUUCUGAAUCAACAGAUAUUGAUAAUAUUUCUAAAAUACAUGGAGAAUUAGAUGAAUUGAAAAAUAUAAUGGUCAAAAAUAUAGGUAAUGUUGCAAUGAGGGGUGAACGACUUGAAUUACUUGUGAAUAAGGCAGACAACCUCAAUGCAGGCAGCGUUUCCUUCAGGACAACAAGCAGAAAUUUGGCUAGACAAAUGUUUUGGAAAAGCAUUAAGAUGUAUUGUUUAAUUGGACUCAUUAUUAUUGUGUUCUUAUACUUUGUCAUAUCAAUUUCUUGUGAUGAUUAUCUUUGGAGAGGUUGUUUUUGAGAAAGUUCGAUGAUUUAUAUUUAUAUCAUUAAGUAUCCUAGGUAUUCAAGAUAUUUUUUGUUAUUAUAUAUGAAGAUGAAGAAUUUUAUUGCCAUUGUGCGUUAAUCAUGUACUCAUUAUAGAUGUAAGUAUAAAUAAUGUGAUAAUAUAUUGGAUUUUUGGAA